AUGUCGUUCAACCAAAAAAAACGCUACCCCUCGUCUCGCCUCCCUGCGUUAGACCUUGACUUCAGUCAGCGUCCAUGUAACCCUGCUACAUCGGCAACGGGCGCCAUAAGCCCCGAUGGCCGCGACCAGCAGCUGACAACCGCUAUCUCUCCGUUGUCUUCCCCCCAGCUUUUGAUACAGACUCCAGUCACCCCUUGUGAACGUUUCUCCCGAAUGAAAAUUGCGGAUGGAGAAGAUGGUACGAAUCAGAACCGUCGCACCUGCUCGUUCGAGACUCGACCUAGUCGCAGUCCAACACAUGAGGUCGAUCUUCGCGAUAUCAACAGGGAGGGAUUUCCUCAACAUAAACCUGAACAAAUGCCCUCUUCCUUGCGUUCAUCAAAGCCGUUUCGCUUCUUAAUGGCUUCACCUCCUUGUACAGAUACGGCGGGGAACAAGGUGACGCCAAAAGUGGAGGAAAUCGGCGACAAUGAAACCUUAUUGAUGGAGAGAAUCGAAGAGGAAAGCGAAGAUUCGAUCAAACAAACAGAUUCCUCUGCGGCAACGCGAAAUGCCACCGAUGCUCCAAGGAAGCGUGGGAGGCCACGAAAAUAUCCACUCCCCAUUCCUGGCCAAACAAAGAUUGCGAAAGGAAGAUCGAAAACUGGAUGUGUUACGUGCAGAAGGAGGAAGAAGAAAUGCGAUGAAACAAAGCCGUCGUGCUUAAAUUGCCAAAAGAAUGCUGUCGUCUGUGAAGGUUAUCCAGUGAAGGAAGUAUGGAAAAGUGGAAAACAGAAGAUGGAAGAGGCUAUUCGAAGGAAUUCUAUUGCCGCUAUUCCCCCUGACCUCCCGAUCUUAAUAGACGGUAUAGAGACUGAAGUUGAUCGAAAGUUCCUUGACCACUUUGUAUUCGAAUUUAGCAGAGUUCUUACUCUCAUCAACGAUGACUCCAAUCCCUUUAAGGAGAUCUUGUUACCAAUGGCUACACAGAAUCGGUGCCUCAUGCAUUCGCUAAUGUGCCUCUCCGGAUCACAUCUGUCGACAAGGGACCCAGAACCUCAAUUUAUUCGACGUAAAGAGUACCACUUUCACCGGGCCAUCACUGAUUUAAGGCUAACUGUGGCUUCUCAAACGGGCUCAGUCGAUGACCCAGAACUUCCUCUAGAGGAUCAUAUGAUCGCAUCGACACUAGCUUUGUGUCUUAAGACUAUUUGCGAAGGAGAGACUAAGGGGGAGUAUAGAUCCCACAUGGAUGCAACCCGAUAUUUCCUGAAAACUAAUCCCCCAAAGAAUGAAGAAUUUAAACAAUUCAUCAUGGAGUUCUUCCAAUAUCAUGACAUUUCAAAUUCCCUAACUACCCUGGAUCGCCGACCCAUUUGUCUUUCAGGUGACUUGCGUCUCCCAGACUUUGUUCCCCAUGCCCAAGCCGGCGCCCUCUUGGGAAUCUUCGAUGGGUUAUUCCAAUAUAUUUCAGAAAUCACCGUUCUUCGUGACAGGAUACGGAAACGGAUUAUGCAAGGUCUGCAACCGCCAGUCGACUACCAGACCCUGAGCGAGGCUGUGUCAGUCGACGCAUCGAUUCGAGCUUGGGAACCAAUAUAUUCUCCGGACAACCCCAACUGGUUCGCGGCCCAGCUUUAUCGGCAAUCGACAUGGGUAUACCUCUACCGGACCAUGCACCCCUCCUUGCCAAGCGAAAAGAUAUCUAAAGUAGUGGAUGAUGGGCUUCUGUUCCUCGAUCAACUUCCCAUAGAUGCUGGCGCCAAUUCUAUUAUGCUCAUGCCACUGUUUCUACUUGGCUGCUCGGCCUUCAAGUUGAAACAACGUGAGCGCAUCAGGAUGGGUUUCGAUAGUCUUCAAGCUUAUUCAAGCCUGCGCAACAUAAAACCAGCGUUUGCGGUUGUUGAGAAGGUUUGGGAAAUCAUGGACGAUAAGCCGGAAGAAAGUUGGGAUUGGGAGAAGAUCAUAGGGACUAUGGAGAUGGACUUUUUGAUUACAUGA